AUGACUGAAGCACUAAACCAACCCGCAAAAAAUGCUAAAAAUACUUCGAAAAUUUCCACUGACUUGUGUGGGGGGUAAUACACCCUAUGACCCGUCUUGUAGAUUUUAAUUGAUGUGGAUUUUCUAGAGAAGCUUCUGUGAGUUGAAAAUCUUAUGCGUUGGUUCUUUCUUUUCUAAUGGGUACUGAGAAAACUUCUUGUUAUAUAUGCAUAUUGCAUGAGACACAUCUUAUCAGAAAAGCUCUGCUACCAGUUCUUGCAAAUAUAGCUUGUUAAAAGUAAUGGCUAACCCCAAGUUAACAGCUCUCUUAGCUGUGCUUGUGCUGCUCCCAGUUGCUGCUUUGGGAUACCCUUGGACUCCUUUUGAUGUGAAGCCGUGCGAUGCGGUGGAGUGUGGAAAAGGGAACUGUGUAGCGAAUUCGAGCUACCCUUUCAACUACAUCUGUGAGUGCGAGGCCGGUUGGAAGAGGACGCGCCUUGACAAUGAAGACGAUUACAAGUUCCUCCCUUGUGUCAUUCCCAAUUGUUCGCUCCAGUACUCUUGCGUGCCCGCUCCUACGCCGCUCCCACCGGUUCCAUACAACCUGUCGUUCUUUGACCCUUGCUACUGGAUCUAUUGCGGAGGAGGAACAUGCACAAAAUCAGCAUCAUAUGAACAUAUAUGCCAGUGCAAUUCCGGUUAUAGCAAUCUGAUGAACACCAGCGUUUUCCCUUGCUUCAACGAUUGUGCUAUCGGAGCCACCGAUUGCGCCAAGCUCGGAAUCAAAGUCUCCAGUUCGACCGGCACACCGGCUUCUUCCUCAGAUAGCGGGAGUCACGCUCACUCAAUGCUGCCGGGGAUGAUUGUUUGGAUGGCCAUACUCACCACAUCUAUUGCUUUGGUGCUGAAGAAGUAGAAGGGGGAUUUACAGGGUCUAGGAUGUACAGGGUCUAUCUACAACUCUUACCUGGUCUAUACUACAAGUACACGUGGUUUUGAAUACACACAGAGUUGUUAUUGCUGUUGAUGCAUUCUCUUUAUUAGUUUCAUUUUAUGUGGUGUAGAAAAUCUUUCAUGUGUUAGUUUCAUUUCAUGCGGUGUAAAAAAUCUUUCGUGUGUUAAUAAGAUACAUGAGUAGGUGUAACAUUAUUGAUAUAUAA